CGUUUUCCCAGGAAACAUUUGACAUGCGCUCAGAGGGGCGGUUCAGCUAAGUUUCUUCCUCAUCUGACGGUCCGUCGCAGCGAGGAGCCUUUCUUUCUCCGCUUUGAAAACCUUUCACCUGAUUAACGUGUUUUAUAAACACUUUAACCUCAGUUUCUUCCCUUACAUUUAUACUUUAUAACUUUUUGCCGUAUGGGACGGAACAUUUUUUCUCCAGUCUACUAUGGAUGAGGUGAUAGAGGAGGGGGGUCCUACCUCUAAGACCACUCUGUCUGGGGAACAUGGCCGCCGGAGCAAAGCUAAGAGCCCAGAGCAGCAGCAGAGAGCAGACUCCCCUGGACCCAGCUGUGUCUCCAUGAAGAGUGGCUGGUCUAUGGAUCAUCCUGGCCUGUUUAAAGAUGGAAAUCAGUCUAUUGAGAAGAGAGGAGUCCAGCAGGAGAGAGCAGACUCCUCUGGACCCAGCUGUGUCUCCAUGAAGAGUGACCGCUCUAUGAGACCUCCUGCUAACUUUAAAGAUGGAAUUCAGUCUAUUGAGAAAAGAGUCCAGCAGCAAAGAGCAGACUCCCCUGGACCCAGCUGUGUCUCCAUGAAGAGUGACCGGUCUAUGGAUCAUCCUGUUUACUUUAAAGAUGGAAAUCAGUCCAUCGAGAAGAGAGUCCAGCAGCAGAGAGCAGACUCCCCUGGACCCAGCUGUGUCUCCAUGAAGAGUGACAGCUCUAUGGAACAUCAUGUUACCUUUAAAGAUGGAAAUCAGUCCAUCGAGAAGAGCCCAGAGCAGCAGCAGAGAGCAGACUCCCCUGAACCCAGCUGUGUCUCCAUGAAGAGUGACCGCUCUAUGGAUCAUCCUCCUCAAUUUAAAGAUGGACGCCCCUCCAGAGAGGAGAGAAGGAGGCAGGAGAGAGCAGACUCCCCUGGACCCAGCUGUGUCUCCAUGAAGAGUGACCGCUCUAUGGGUCUACCUCCUGCCUUUAAAGAUGGACGCCCCUCCAGAGUGGAGAGGCCACACCAGAAGAGGUCAAAGGUUACCAGUGCUCAGUCUGUACAGCAGCCUCAAACAGAGCUGAUCAAGAGGGCUGAGGAGAACGCACACGCUUUCCUCGACAAGGAGCUGAAGAAGCUCUGGAGGGAUCUCUUCCCAGUUACCCACAAUGCUCAGAGAGUCAGAGGGAGGAGGAGGAGCUAGAUGGUGAGAAGGAGGAGCAGAGGAGGCGCGCCAUACAGGGAGUGGUGAACAUCACAAAGCUCUGCCUGAUGGAGAUGAACCAGGAGGAACUUGCC